AUGCAACUCUUCAAAUCCCUUUUUAUGCUAUCUUCCGUGACUUCCUUUGGGGUGUUGGCUGCUGCACCAAAGCCUCAACCAGUGAUAGACAAAGGAACUGCCUUCACUUGUUUUGACCUUCCUGGAUUUCCAGCGGGGUGGUGUGCCUCUAAAAUAGGCACCCCAAAUGGAUUUAAUAAAAAAGUAAACUUUUAUACAAUUGUUGGGGCAAACCAAGUGGGGGCUAAAAAUCACUUGAACUACAAUUGUGAGGGCCUGAAUCAGGAUGGUAACAAGUGCUGCAAAUCAGGUUUCAUACCAAAAUUUGAAAACAAUGGGUACGCUGCAGUCAGCGAUGAUGAUUGCCAGACAAAAGCAGGAGUGCCAAAGACACCAUGA